AUGUACAUGCAGGGGCUUGGAAUUUAUGGUAAAGUGAAGCAAAAAGCUAGCAUCCAGGGUCAAAGUAUUUUUGGACUUGAUGUCAUUGAAACACCAGAAGGGGACAAGAUGCCACAACUGAUUGUUCAAAAGGAGUUAGAUAGGGAAGAGAAGGAUACAUAUAUAAUGAAAGUAAAGGUUGAAGAUGGUGGCUUUCCUCAACGAUCCAGUACUGCUAUUUUGCAAAUAAGUGUUGCUGACACAAAUGACAACAGCCCAGUCUUCAAGGAGGAUGGGAUUGAAGUUAAUAUACCAGAAAAUGCUCCUGUAGGUACUUCAGUGACACAACUCCAUGCGACAGAUGCCGACAUAGGUGAAAAUGCCAAGAUUCACUUCUAUUUCAGCAAUCUAGUCUCCAACAUCGCCAAGAGGCUAUUUCACCUCAACACCACCACUGGACUUAUCACAGUCAAACAACCACUGGAUAGGGAGGAAUCACCAAACCACAGGUUACUGGUUUUGGCAAGUGAUGGUGGAUUGAUGCCAGCAAGAGCAAUGGUUCUAGUAAAUGUUACAGAUAUCAAUGAUAAUGCCCCAUCAAUUGACAUAAGAUACAUCAUUAAUCCAAUCAAUGGCACUGUGGUUCUUUCAGAAAAUGCUCCCCUCAACACCAAAAUUGCUCUCAUAACUGUGACAGAUAAAGAUGCUGACCACAAUGGCAUGGUGACAUGCUUCACAGAUCAUGAAGUCCCUUUCAGAUUAAGGCCAGUAUUCAGUAAUCAGUUCCUCCUGGAGACUGCUGCAUAUCUUGACUAUGAGUCCACAAGAGAAUAUGCCAUUAAAUUACUAGCUGCAGAUGCUGGCAAACCUCCUUUGAAUCAAUCAUCCAUGCUCCUUGUCAAAGUGAAAGAUGAAAAUGACAAUGCUCCUGUUUUCACCCAGCCUUUCAUAAGUCUUUCUCUUCCUGAGAAUAACUCUCCUGGCACCAAGUUGACAAAAAUAAGUGCAACGGAUGCGGACAGUGGGCACAGUGCUGAGAUCAAUUAUCUGCUAGGUGUUGAUGCUCCAUCUGAAUUUAACCUAGAUAGUCAUACAGGCAUUCUGACUGCAGUGAAGAAACUGGAUAGAGAAAAACGGGAAAAAUAUUCCUUCACAGUUCUGGCAAAAGAUAAUGGGAUGCCAUCCUUAAUAACCAAUGCCACAGUUUUAGUGACCAUUCUUGAUCAGAAUGACAACAGUCCAAUUUUUACUCACAGUGAGUACAACUUCUAUGUUCCAGAAAACCUUCCAAGACAUGGCACAGUAGGACUGAUCACUGUAACUGAUCCGGAUUAUGGAGAAAACUCUGCAGUCACUCUCUCCAUUUUAAAUGUGAAUGAUGACUUCACCAUUGAUCCACAGACUGGUGUUAUCCAACCAAAUAUUUCAUUUGACAGAGAAAAACAAGAAUCUUAUACUUUCUAUGUAAAGGCUGAGGAUGGUGGUAAGGUAUCACAUUCUUCAACUGCCAAAGUGACGAUAAAUGUGGUUGAUGUCAAUGACAACAAACCAGUUUUCAUUGUCCCUUCUUCCAAUAACUCCUAUGAAUUGGUUCUACCAUCCACUAAUCCAGGCACAGUGGUCUUCACGGUACUUGCUGUUGACAAUGACACUGGCAUGAAUGCAGAGCUUCAUUACAGCAUUGUAGGAGGAAACACAAGAAGUUUGUUUAUAAUUGACCAAACAACAGGCAACAUCACACUAACGGAGAAAUGUGUCAUUACAGACCUUGGUUUACACAGAUUGAUAGUUAAAGCUAAGGACUUAGGACAACCUGAAUCUCUCUUCAAUGUUGUUAUUGUUAAUCUAUUUGUGAAUGAGUCAGUGACCAAUGCUACAUGGAUUCAUGAACUGGUGCACAAAAACAUUGAAACACCAGUGACCCCAAAUAUUGAGACAACUGAUGCAUUCUCACCCACCAGUGACUAUAUCAAGAUCAUGGUUGCUAUUAUUGCUGGCACCAUAACUGUCAUCCUUGUUAUCUUCAUUACUGCUGUAUCAAGAUGCCAUCAAUUGCCACACAUUAUGGCUGCUCAGAAAAACAAGCAGAAUUCUGAAUGGGCUACUCCAAACCCAGAAAACAGGCAGAUGAUAAUGAUGAUGAUGAUGAUGAAGAAGAAGAAAAAGAAGAAGAAGAGGAAGAAGAAGCAUGCCCCUAAGAACUUGCUGCUUAACUUUGUCACUAUUGAAGAAACUAAGGCAGAUGAUGUUGACAAUGAUGGAAACAGUGUCACACUAGACCUUCCCAUUGAACUGGAAGAACAAACCAUGGGCAAGUACAACUGGGGCACUAUACCUACUACAUUCAAGCCUGACAGCCCUGAUUUAGCCAGGCACUACAAAUCUGCCUCUCCACAGCCUGCCUUCCAUAUCCAGCCUGAAACUCCCCUGAAUUCAAAGCACCACAUCAUCCAGGAACUGCCACUUGAUAACACCUUUGUGGCCUGUGAUUCCAUCUCUAAGUGUUCCUCCAGCAGUUCUGAUCCUUACAAUGUUUCUGAGUGCAGCUAUUCAGUGACAACUUUCAAAACUCCUGUGUCUGUACACACUAGACCGCCAAUGAUGGAGGUUGUACAAUCUCACACCCCAAUGAAAGAGUCAACAACUGUGGAGAUCUGGAUUCAUCCCCAACCACAGUCGCAGCGGCAUGUCACAUUUCACUUACCAGAAGGAUCUCAGGAAAACAGCAGUGAUGGUGGACUGGGAGACCAUGAUGUGGGGAUUCCCAGCACAUCCCAUGCCCUGCCCCUUGGCUAUCCUCAGGAGCAGUACUUUGAUCAUACUGCACCCAAUAACCGCACUGAAGGGGAUGGCAACUCUGAUCCUGAAUCCUGUAAGUGAUAACCUGUUUAGUCCUGCAGGAUAAAUGGACUUAUUGUGUUUGUUAGUCAAACAAUUGGAGCUACAAUGACGCUGAGCAUUUAAUA